AACACAACAAUGCCGAGUAAACAGAUGACGUAACAAUCAGUUUCUUAGGUAACAACAAUGCACACAGUUCAUAUAAAAGCUUACCAUUGUUGUCGGUCCGUAUUUACACAUUGUUGUAAUGGAAGAAGAAGAUCAUUGUUGAAUUACUAAAAACCCAUUCGAUUGGUAUAUUGCAAACGCAACAGUAGUCUGUCCGUUGCUGUGGAAGUGUUUCUUGAUCGAUUUUCAUGUGAUAGAGAAAUUCUAGAAGCAGAGAGAAGUACGAUUGUAAUAGUGAGUAAGAAUCGAGCUGAAAAACAUUAUUUUCAAGAUACAGAAUGGCUUCUACGUCAAAACAGAACGAAGAAGAAAUUCCCAAAUGUGUCACCCUAAAAGACUUCAAGAUGGGAGGAUCCAUAAGAAAAGUUGGAUAUGCGGAAGUGUUCCUUGUCCGUAAGAGGGGUGGAUGUGAUGAUCGCAAAUAUUAUGCUAUGAAACGAAUUGAUACGUCCGAUAACGAUUACAAGAAGAUUGAACAGAGUGUUAUGACGGAGAUUCAAGUAGGACAAAAAGUGCUUGGUGCCACAUUUUUCGUCGGACUUCAUUACGUGUUCUGGUCGGAAAGUCACGUGAACUUGGUGAUGGAAUACAUGGGAGGCUUGGAUAUGUUGUAUCUCUUAACAAAGAGAAAGAAUCUUUUAGAGAGACAUGCUCGAUUUUACCUUGCAGAAGUUCUUCUGGCCAUCGAGGCGCUGCAUGAGAUGGGAAUCGUGCAUCGUAAUAUAAAUCCACAUAACAUCCUGCUUGAUUCUGUCGGUCAUAUCGGCCUUGUAAACUUUGGAUCAUGUAAGCAAUUCCAACCACAUGAGGAGAAAGAACGUAAUCGCGCAUUCCGUGAGACUUUAGAGUACAUGGCACCUGAAAUAAUCAAAAGUGAAGGUCACGACAUGGCUGUUGACUGGUGGAGCUUUGGUAUAUUGGCGUAUGAUAUGAUAGUGGGGUUGACACCCUUCGAAAGAAAUGGAGGAAUAUCCGAGGAUUGGAUGUACCAGUAAGUCUUCCGUGCGAGCUUUAUGUUCCUUUGAAUGAAGUUUUGUACAUAUUGCAUGACUCCCUGUUUUAAUGCAAUUGAAUUAAAUACAUACAUUUGUAACAUGUGGAGAAUUAGCCUUAGGAAAUGAAAUCGAACACUGUCAUCGCCACAACUCUUAAGCAAGGUAGAACUUACUUUGGAUAUAUAUGUGAAAAUUAGACACUGAUGGUGCAUUUUGUAAGAAGUUUUAAAGGAAUUAUAAACUAAUUGUGAAUGAAUGUUUAAUGUGUAUGUUUCUAGUGGCAAAUGAGUCAUCCCACCUCAGUUCAACAAACAUGGGUGCCACUCAAUGUCACCUGAUGCUGUACUAAAUUACUAAUUUGUCUGCAAAAUUGUAGUCGUCAUAGAGAUAGCUUGAGCGUUUUGAGUGUGGUCUGUGUAUUGGCUUUGAAGGUACACUUAUAUCCUGAUAACAGCGCAUUGCACAGAAACAGCCACUACAUAAUCUGUCUCCCAGUGGGAGCUAGAGGAAAGACAUAGGCUUCUCGGAGAAUUACACAUUUAUACUUCAAGAUGCCACAAAGAUGUUCUCAUUGUGCAAACAAUUACACAAUUCUAAAUCCUUCCGUUAUUUGUAUACAAAUAUCAACACCAUCAUCUUCUGUGUAUAUAUACAAUGAGUAAUCAGUGGUUGACUUUGUCAUAUCAUUUUAUGCAUUUCAAAGGACAUUAGUUCAAUAUCUAUGUACUGAACUUUCUAACCUAAGAGAUGGUAUAUAUUUGAGUGAUGGCAAUGCAUCUCAGUUCUAGAAGAAACAAAAGAUUUUUAAACUUUCGUCAUGUACAAGAUUUUGGUCUCUUUUCUGAAUGGCACUUCUUUGCAACAAACCAUCAGAACAGACAAGCAGGUGGAAUAGUAGACAGCGUAGAAACAUAA